UUUAAUGGUGUAUUGAGUUUCAUAUAUUGUGAAGUAUGUUGGCAAUAUUUGUAUUCCAUUUGUUUAUGUUCUGCCUUUUCAAAUUUCAAGAUUUCAUUAUUUAAACGUGAGAAGUCUAGAUUUGUAGGUGGGAUUUUAAUAGUAUUCUCAUAGAUUUUUCAAGUUUUUAUAUUCACGCUUAUUUUCUCUUUGUUUGUGAUUGAAUUAUCUUUUCUUCUCUUGUGUGCUUCAGGUAGAAAUGGUGACCAAUGUGGUUUCCAGCAUUUGAUGUGGUGAGAAAAAUAAAGUGGUGCAUUCUGCUGUACACAGUGUUGACAUUGCAAUUCCCUUACACUAGCACAUGUCAGUGAGUCUGCUUUAGUGCCUAUUCUUUUACUCUGAGGGAUGGAUGGGAGGCGGCGUUCUGUCGAUGUCCCUUUAUCCAGAACGUUGAUAGCCCUAAGGAGAGUGAGGUCUCUUCGGGAUCCAUCCACGAACUCCACGAGUAAGUUGAAUGGCUUAGUUGAUAAUGUGAAUUGGGAGGCAUAUUCAAAUGAUACAAUCACUAUUGGAGUUGAAAACAGUUGCCAUAGAGUGAAUGAGGGUGAUGAUGAUGGCAUAAGAUUAAGAAACUCGACUUUGGUUAGGGGUGAGGAGCAUGGUAUGGAUGAACACAAGCUGUAUAAUGGUUCAAGAAACUGUAUGUCAAGGCUGAUGCCGCCACAAGAUUUAGGAGCCAUGGUUGGAAACAAAGGCUCUGCACACUGGAACUCGUUGUGUGCUGACGAGGUGGAUGCAGCCUGUGACAACAAGGUGUUGAGAGAAAGAUACUGCAAAGAUUAUGGUGAUAGAUAUUUUAAUUUCAAGUGUAAUGAACCCGAUGAAGGUGGUGCUUCAUGUGAUGAACCCGAUGAAGAAUUGAGGCAAGUCAAGAAGCAGCUUAGUAAGUGGCAUCCAGAGUUCGAUGGUCUAAGUAGUGAAGCCAGUCCAUGUUUGUCUCUUGGUGACGCUCAAAAUGAACGAGCAAGCCAUGGAAUGUCGCUGUAUGAAGGUGAAGAUGCUGGUUUCAUGGAGUCUUUCCAUCAAGGAUGUGGUUUAAGUAGUUGUUUGUCAAGAGGUAGGAAACUUAGAGGACCUAGCCUUCUUUCUGAUGUCGAGGAACAGCCUCUUUUAUCAGAGGAUGCAACAGUAGAGAGCAUCGACUCCAGGCAUAAUUGUGAAGGGGUUAGUCCAUAUGUGGAAAGUCCAAGAAGCCUCUGCCAAAAGUUCAUGCCUAAAUCAUUUGGUGAAUUGAUAGGGCAAAGCACAGUGGCUACCUCUCUAUCGGAUGUUGUUUCUAAAAGGCGGAUAGCUUCCCUGUACCUCUUCCACGGGCCACGUGGAACUGGGAAAACAUCAGGUUCAAGGAUCUUCGCUGCUGCACUGAAUUGCCUCUCUGUUGCGACUACAAGACCAUGCGGCAUGUGCAAGGAAUGUGGUUUGUUCUUUUCGGGCAGGAGCACCGAUGUAAAGGAAGUCGAUUCUGUGAGAAUCAACAAAAUGGAGAGGUGUAGGUUUAUCAUGAAGAAUGCUCGUAGCCCUCCUGUUUUCUCGCGGUUUAAGGUUUAUAUCAUUGACGAGUGCCAUUUGUUGCAGCAUGAGACGUGGGCAGCUAUACUGAAUGGCCUUGAGGAGAUUCCUCGACACGUUGUCUUCAUAUUGGUCACACCUAAUCUUGAUAAGCUCCCGCGUGCUGCCCUAACGAAGUCCCAAAAGUACCAUUUUCAGAGGGUGAAGGAAGUUGAUAUCACCACCAAGUUGGGGAAGAUAUGUGUUCAAGAAGGUCUUGAUUUUGACCAGGAUGCUUUGCACUUCGUAGCAGCUAAAUCAAAUGGUUCGUUGCGUGAUGCAGAGAUGAUGCUUGAUCAACUGAGCUUGCUCGGCAAGAAGAUAACCGUUUCAUUGGUUCAUGAAGUAAAUGGAGUCGUUUCUCAUGAUGAACUGCUCGAUUUGCUGUAUCUGGCAAUGUCGUCUGAUGCCUCAAACACAGUUAGAAAGGCCAGAGAGCUAAUGGGGUCGAGGAUAGAUCCGUUGCAGCUUACAUCGCAGCUGGCAAGCCUCAUCAUGGACAUUCUUGCUGGAAAGUGCCCCUCUGAUGGAGUUUCAGAGACGAGAAGGAGGCUUUUCGGAUCAGAUAAUUCUGAAGAUGACACACGACAGCUCAGCCACGCCCUAAAAAUACUGUCACAAACUGAGAAGCAGUUGAGGAAGUCGAACAACCAGAUGACAUGGCUGACUGUGGCUCUUCUCCAGCUGAGCUCUGUAGCUUCAAACGAGGGGAUCGAUCCACGGCUAAGCACACAGUCAUUACUCCCACAAGAUGGCGGUUUCCUGAGCUCAUCAUCAACGGGCGACAGUUUCAAGCGCUCCGUUGCUUGUGCUUGUGGUGACACUGAGUCUGCAAACACAGACACAAAGUAUGACCGUGAGACUCUUGAUCUGGUCUGGAUACGAUCAUCUGGGAUGUGCGCGUCCAGCUCUCUCAAGAAGUUCCUCCUCAAACACGGGAACUUGGCCUCUAUUCGUCUCUCCCAAGCAAGGAUUGCAGUGGUAGAACUCGAGUUUGAUCACCCUGACUACGCAUCCAGGGCUGAGAAGUCAUGGAAGGAGAUUGCUGGGGCGUUGCAACUUAUACUGGGCUACAACGUGGAGCUCAGGAUAAACUUGGCUCGUGAUGGCUCGAGCAGGAAUGGGAAGUUGAAGAAGCCAUGCUUCAGCUUGCUCAACUGUUCACGGAGAGUGCUUUUUAUGUCAGAGUCCGGUGCCAAUGGUUCAAGCAACUCUGGUUCAACUCCCACGACUGACAGAACGAGGGAUAGGUACGUGGAGACAUGCUCCUCUGAGUGUACCUCUCAGGUUUUGUGCUCGUUUUGCCAUAGAAAGGAGAUGUUCAAGACCAUCCGGAGCAGUGAGGGAAACGCACUGAGCAUUGAAGCCAGUGCUCCCAAUGCCUCGUUUCCAGAUCAGCCGGGAUGUAAACAGCGAUCAAAGGAGCACUCGAGGUUUCAUUGCUGGAGAGCCGCCAUGUUUCCUUUCCGAAAGGCAUGGCAGCUGCGACAUCACCACCGAGACGAGCGCCUUAUGGACUACCCCCUACACUAGCAGAGGAUGUUGCAGAUCACAGGAAGAGAUCUUGUAGCAAAAAUAGCUUAUCAAUGUUACUAGGAAAAGAAAUUUUACUAAAGAAAGAAUGAAUGUGUCUUUUUUUGUUUGGAUGGGUAAAUGAAUUCAACAAAUUUUAUUAU